AUGCUCUUGCUCCAUUGGUUUGUGUUCUUGCUGCUGCUCCCGCUCAACUCCAGGACACAGAAGUUGCCUACCAGAGAUGAGGAACUUUUUCAGAUGCAGAUCCGGGACAAAGCAUUUUUCCAUGAUUCAUCAGUAAUCCCAGAUGGAGCAGAAAUUAGCAGCUUUCUCUUCAGAGAUACACCUAAAAGGUAUUUCUUUGUGGUUGAAGAAGACAACACUCCCUUAGCAGUUACUGUAACACCAUGUGAUGCUCCUUUGGAAUGGAAGCUGAGCCUGCAGGAACUUCCAGAAGAGGCCAGUGGAGAAGGUUCAGGUGAAUCAGAACCACUUGAGCAGCAGAAACAACAGAUUAUUAAUGAAGAAGGCACAGAGCUGUUCUCUUACAAAGGCAAUGAUGUUGAAUAUUUUGUCUCUCCUAGUUCCCCAUCUGGUUUGUACCAAUUAGAACUGCUGUCAACUGAGAAGGAUACACAUUUUAAAGUAUAUGCCACUACAACUCCAGAGUCAGACCAGCCUUAUCCCGAAUUACCUUAUGAUCCAAGAGUCGAUGUCACCUCUCUUGGACGCACAACAGUCACAUUGGCAUGGAAACCAAGCCCUACAGCAUCUUUAUUGAAACAGCCAAUUCAGUAUUGCAUAGUCAUCAAUAAAGAACACAACUUCAAAAGCCUCUGUGCUGUUGAAGCCAAGCUCAGUUCUGAUGAUGCCUUCAUGAUGGCUCCAAAACCAGGCCUGGAUUUCAGCCUCUUUGACUUUGCCCAUUUUGGCUUCCCUUCAGACAACAAUUCUGGCAAAGAACGUAGCUUCUUAAAAUCAUCAUCAAAGCUUAGUCGCCAAAUGUCUUCGAAGCCAAGAGUUGACCUGCAGAAGAUUUGCAUUGGGAACAAGAACAUUUUCACACUAUCUGAUCUAAAACCUGAUACACAGUACUACUUUGACAUGUUUGCAGUAAAUGUUAACACAAAUAUGAGCACUGCCUAUGUUGGCACCUUUGCCAGAACUAAAGAGGAAGCCAAACAGAAGACAGUUGAACUGAAAGAUGGGAAAGUUACAGAUGUGUUUAUCAAGAGAAAGGGGGCCAAAUUUCUACGGUUUGCUCCUGUUUCGUCACACCAAAAAGUCACCUUCUUUGUUCAUUCGUGCCUGGAUGCUGUUCAGAUCCAAAUUAGAAGAGAUGGAAAACUUCUCUUGUCUCAAAACGUUGAGGAGGUCCGUCAGUUCCAACUUAGAGGAAAACCAAAAGCUAAAUAUCUAAUUAGGCUGAAAGGAAGUAAGAAGGGUGCUUCCAUGUUGAAGAUCUUAGCUACUACAAGACCUAAUAAGCAGUCAUUUCCUUCUCUUCCUGAAGACACAAGGAUCAAAGCCUUCGAUAAACUUCGCACAUGUUCUUCAGCCACAGUGGCCUGGCUAGGCACACAAGAAAGAAACAAAUUUUGCAUCUACAAAAAGGAAGUCGGUGACAAUUAUAGUGAAGAGCAAAAGAAAAGAGAACAGAACCAGUGCUUGGGUCCAGAUACAAGGAAGAAAUCAGAAAAAGUCCUCUGUAAAUAUUUUCAUAGCCAGAAUCUACAGAAAGCAGUUACCACAGAGACAAUUAAAGGCCUGCAGCCUGGCAAGUCCUACCUGCUGGAUGUUUAUGUCAUAGGGCAUGGAGGACACUCAGUAAAAUAUCAGAGCAAACUGGUGAAAACAAGGAAGUUCUGUUAG